UUCUGCACAAUGGCUUUUUCACUGCUGGCUUUUUAUUUUGCAAUACUGUUAUCGAGGACUCUGGAGCUGUCCUCAUCUGGUCAUCAGAAGAGCGCUUUUGUGUCACGUAAAACGAGUGACAACUUGAUUUUGAAAUGUUUCUACGAAGGUGAGGUUGCUGCAAGGCUUUACUGGUAUAAACAACCUCUUGGACAGAAACCAAUGCUCAUCUCUUACUCCUACAUAUAUGAAAAAAAUAACACAUUUUUUGGCGAAUUUAAGAAUAAUCACCGCUUUUCACUGGAUACUGAAAAUGGCAAAAACCACUUGAUGAUCGGAGAUUUACAAAUUUCAGACUCAGCGACUUACUACUGUAUGACCUCUUAUUUAUACAGAUUAACAUUUUCAGAAAGCAUUACUGUUAUUGUUAACGAUGCAGAGUCAAACGUCCAAGCUGUGGUCCAACAGUCAGCUUCUGAGAUCAUCCAGCAAGGAGACUCUGUGACUCUGAACUGUACAGUACACACUGGGACCUGUGAUGAAGAACACAGUGUGUACUGGUUCCAAAACUCAGACGAAUCCCAUUCUCAGUCCCAUCCUGGACUCAUUUACACACAUUGGGGUGGGAAUGAUCAGUGUGAGAAAGAAGCUAAGACACAAAUACACACCUGUGUCUACAACUUGCCAAUGAAUAACCUGAAUCUGUCUCAUGCUGGGACCUACUACUGUGCUGUCGCCUCAUGUGGACACAUAGUGUUUGGAAAUGGAACAAAACUGGACUUUGAACGUGAGUAACAUUAAGACUGAGUUUACUAAAACCACAGUAGAUCCCACCCAGUUGUCUAAACUGUCUGACUUCAUGCAUUUUAAUGUUUUCUGGAGCGGCACCUUUGCAGUCACCUCCAUCCUGAGUGUAUUGCUGGCUUUCUCAGUGUGUGCGAUCAGCAAGAAAUGCAUCUGCAAAUCUCCUGAAUCUCAAGCAAGUCUCCCCAAAGCAGAUGCAACGGCUUUCCAAGAGGCAGAAAGACUCUAUUUUCCAUCUUCAACUGUCAACCUGCGCAACAGAUCAAGAAGUCAGAAGGAUCACACCUGGAGUGAAUGU